AUUUAUCGGCAAUCCCACCCUCCAAUAAGCGUACAUCCAACGACUGGCGCUAAUAAAGGUAGUAAGCUCCGGUACAGGCGAGGGUACAGGAUUAAAGGCAUUUAUCUAUAAAGCAAUCAACAGUCUAACGUGAGCCCAAAAGAUAUCAAAAUCUAGGGCUCGUAAUUUGGAUUAAUUUACAGGCAGGCUCUCUCUUGUUUCCGGAAGAAUCUCCAAUGGCGCCGCCUCCUGGACCUUACUCUGGCACCAGCACUCUCGCUCUGGUGGCUCGUGUUUCUGCUUUCUCUUUGGGUCUCGUAUACGGGAGUGUGAAGCUUAAGUAUCUCCAGGCGAAGGCAAAGUCACAAAAGAAAGCUGAAGCAAAGGCAAAGGCUCAUCACUGAAAGAAAUAGUUUUGUUGAAUAUUAGGAUCAAGAUGAGUUUAGUUGACGAGAAAUAAUGCAUAUCAACAGCACUGUACCAGUCUUUCAUCCUGGUGUAAAGCUUUUAUGCACCAUGAUGCACUGCUUCUGUUUCUUUAAAGGGUUUUUUUUUUGGCGCAAGUUGCUGACCUAGUUUGGGAGAUUUGUUUUCUUGAUCAGCCCUGUUCAUCAUAAAAGAUGUUAGUUUUGCCCUGGUAAUGAUGUGUAAAUGUUGGAAGAUUGAAACUUCCAUUGAUUAAAAUAAUUGUCUUUGUGUC